AUGGCGGAUGAAGAAGUGCAAGCUUUGGUGGUGGACAAUGGGUCCGGAAACGUGAAGGCUGGCGUGGCCGGCGACGAUGCGCCACGUGCCGUCUUCCCGUCUAUCGUCGGAAAGCCUAAGAACCCAGGUAUCAUGGUGGGAAUGGAAGAGAAGGACUGCUAUGUCGGUGAUGAAGCCCAAAGCAAGAGAGGUAUUUUGACGUUGAAAUACCCCAUUGAGCACGGUAUCGUCACCAACUGGGACGAUAUGGAGAAAAUCUGGCAUCACACGUUCUACAACGAACUGCGUGUGGCGCCUGAGGAGCACCCUGUGCUGCUCACGGAAGCCCCACUGAACCCCAAGGCAAACCGUGAGAGAAUGACCCAGAUCAUGUUCGAAACCUUUAACGUCCCCGCCAUGUAUGUCGCUAUCCAGGCCGUUCUUUCUCUGUAUUCCUCCGGUCGUACAACCGGUAUUGUGCUCGAUAGUGGUGAUGGCGUCUCACACACUGUGCCCAUCUACGAGGGUUACGCCCUUCCUCACGCCAUCAUGCGUCUUGAUCUCGCUGGACGCGACCUUACCGAGUACAUGAUGAAGAUUCUUCAUGAGAGAGGAUACGGUUUCACCACCUCCGCCGAGAAGGAAAUCGUGCGCGACAUCAAGGAGAAGCUGUGCUACAUCGCCCUCGACUUCGACGAGGAAAUGAAGGCAGCUGAGGACUCCAGCGACAUCGAGAAGUCCUACGAAUUGCCCGAUGGAAACAUCAUCACCGUCGGCAACGAGCGCUUCCGCUGCCCGGAGGCCCUGUUCCAGCCCUCUUUCUUGGGCAAGGAGGCUGCAGGUGUCCACCGCACCACCUUCGACUCCAUCAUGAAGUGCGACGUCGAUAUCCGCAAGGAUCUGUACGGCAACGUCGUCCUGUCGGGAGGUACCACCAUGUACGAGGGUAUUGGCGAGAGACUGACGAAGGAACUUACCUCGUUGGCCCCAUCCACCAUGAAGAUCAAGGUCGUUGCUCCUCCGGAGCGCAAGUACUCCGUUUGGAUCGGAGGAUCCAUUCUGUCUUCCCUCUCGACCUUCCAGCAAAUGUGGAUCACCAAGGAAGAGUACGACGAGUCUGGCCCGAGCAUCGUCCACCGCAAGUGCUUCUAA